UCUUAAGAAACCAUAAGGUCUGUUCAUCAGGAUUUCCUUUCCUUUCCUACUACUCAUUGCCCUUCUGUGGCUUCUGCAUAAAUAGCAUUUGGAUUUUGCUUUAAUUUUUUGUGAUUUUUUUUUUUUUUUUUUUUUUUUUUUUUUUUUUCCUUUUCACUAACAAAACUGAAAGUUGUUAACAGCAAGCAGAAGAAGGAAAUACUGAGCACACCAGAAGGCACACGAGCUGAGAUCAUUUACAGGAGCAUCGCAAGUGAUUACUCAUUAAGGAACCUUUAUUUUCCACUGCAUCUUGUAACUUCUGCCCUGUGAAACCACCCCAGCAUUGAACUCCCUGCAGAGGCUGCAACCCUGCACUCACUCCCCUUCUUUCUACCUUGGCAGGAAGACAGAGACAACUCCAGACUAUGAAUAUUUCCGAGACGAUGACAAACAACAACUCAAAUAGCAGCUCAUUCAACUGUACCAUUGAUGCCUUCAAGCAAACCAUUUAUCCUGUCAUGUACCUCUUUAUCUUCUUCCUGGGUGCUGUUGGAAAUAGCCUCUCCAUAUAUGUUUUCUUCCAGCCUUCCCAGAGGAAGACCUCAGUAAACAUUUACAUGCAGAACUUGGCUGUUUCAGAUCUCAUGUUUGUGAGCACUUUGCCCUUUCGGGCCUCUUAUUACCUGUUGGGAUCGCAUUGGAUAUUUGGUGAUAUUGUCUGCAGGAUUAUGACUUAUGCCUUGUAUGUGAACAUGUAUUGCAGCAUUUAUUUUCUCACCGUGCUCAGCGUGGUUCGUUUCACCGCCAUUGUUUACCCAUUCAAGCACUGGAAAAUAACCAAAAUGAAGUAUGCCAAGAUAACCUGUGCAGUGAUAUGGGUCUUUGUUCUGGCAGCAUCCAGCCCUCUGUUUUGCAAACAAAUUGCUGGGUACAGUAACCCAGACAAAUGUUUGGACCUCCACCCUGGAAGCACAGAUAUUCUCCUCAUGAUGAACAGCGUUGUCCUCAUUGUGGGCUUCAUCCUGCCCUUUUGCACCAUUAUCUUCUGCUAUGUCUUUGCCAUCAGGGCACUGCUCAAUUCCAGGACUCCUCAGCGCAAGAAGACGGUCUCUCACAAGAAGGCACUGUCAACCAUCAUCAUCACUCUCAUCCUCUUCCUCCUGUGCUUCCUGCCGUACCACGUACUGCGGACAGUCCACCUGAUGCUCGGCAGCUGGAGCCAGAACGACCUGUCCGUGCACAAAGCACUGGUGGUCACGCUCUGCCUUGCCGCCACGAACAGCUGCCUCGACCCUGUGCUCUACUACUUUGCUGCUGAAAAUUUCAAAGCGAGAAUCAGAAGUUUAUACCGCAGGUAGCUGGGGCAGAACUGCAAAAUCACAUACGCACAUUCCUGCUGGAGCAUCUACACUGUGUCCAUGCUAUUAAAUGAAAGAGGCUGCAUGAUGCUGACCACACUGCUCUGUGCCAGGCCCCUCUGGACCACAAGUGUCUGAGAAAGACCUCAUGGGGUUAGCAAAACCAAGGCAGGAGCUCAGCGGCGUCUGGUCAGAGGUUAGGUGCUUGGGCAUGAUCCCUGGUCCUCAUCUGUUGAGAGCUGUAGACGCAGCUCUAAUGUCCACCUUCCCCACGAAAAGGGAAGGACAGGAAUGUGCCUUGCUACUAGAGUCCGUUUAUUUAAUUUCAUGAUACCCAAUGAGUGAUUUAAAGGGAAACCACUCACCUGAGUAUCUUAGUGUCUCUUUGCUCUCCUUUUCCCUGCGUGUGUAGCGGUGCCUGUCUCAGGUGCUGCGCCACCCGAGAGCUUCACACUCCCCUGCAAGGUCUCUACAAACACUCACCAAAGGUUUACACAUAAUAGAAAUGUAAAGUAUCACUAACACUUUCUGCUGAGGCUGACUUUGUAAAUCAGGCAAAGAACCAAAUGGGACCCAGUGCUGGCACAGCCUUUUCAGAAGGAAUUACCAUUUCCAGAUUUUCCUCUCUGAGCUGGCCACUGAGGUAUUUUGUUUAAGAUUUCACUGAUUAUCAAGUGAGAUUACGGUUUCCAGCAAACAGUGUGGGUACUGGGAUGCUAUGAAUGAUGACUAUUGGCAGUGAGGGCAGGUAGUGGGCUGGCAUGGACCUGGAAGGCUGCAGGUUUGGCAGCUCAUCCUCGUGUAGGGAUCCAGAAGCAAACUAAAAUUAUUUAGGCAAUGAUGAGUUACUCCUAUGCGUGCUUUGGGAAAUCUCAUGAAAUGGCUGUCUGAAUUUUAAGUCCGUGAAUAAUUUCUAGCACAUUUCCUACAAAUCAGACCAGUUGCAAUUAAGUGAAAACAGGGUCCAAACUCCGACCGCAUUGAGAUUUCUUUUUAAUUGUACCUCAUUUUUUAAUAAUAAUUAAAAAAAAAAAAAAAAAAAAAAAAAAAAAGGCUUGUCAUGGCUUGUCAUGUUUCCCAGGAAAGCAACUGUCUCAUGAAAACUUGCAACAAUGCUGAAAGCGUUCUCUUCCUGUGAAAUCCUCCCAAAGGAAGGUUUCUGCCAGUGAAAAUGCUUUCUCAGUGCUCUGAACCUUGUUGGAGAAAGCUCUUGGUAAACUGAGCAUUAUUACUCCCAAGCAAAAAUGACUGCAACUAGCUAUUUUCAGCUCUGUCUCAAAUUUGCAGAAAACAAGUCAUUGCUGGUCAGGUGGAAAAGUACUUGACAUAGCUUUCAGAAAAUCUUGUUUUUCUUGGCUAUCUAAGGGUUAUGUUCAAUUGAAGAGUCAAUCUGUUUUAGUCAUUUUAUGCUGUCUUUGACGUAAGCACAAAGUUUUAUCAUGAAGUUUUCACCGUUCACUUUCCAAAUCCUUGUUUAAAUAGCUCAGAUUGGCUCAUGCGUCCCACGGCACAUCUUGGAGCUGAUGUAAUGAAGCCAUUUGAAUUCCUGCAGUGCUGGGUCCCAUGCUGUAGAAGGAAUAAAGAGUAAUACAUAAGGUCUGCAAUGUCAGUGGGAUCAAGAUGGUAGCCUGUGCAAAAAGAUAGUGGGCAAAUAAUUAGAAGGAAAGAGGGCAACCUCUUUUUCUGUGUUUUUCCCCUGUCAGGAGUAAGCCUGAGCAGGGAAAAGUGACAAUUCUGGAGCCUCUGGCAAGAUACUGUAUGCCUUAAAUGCUACGAGGGAAUGGAAAAUAACUAGAGAUGGUUAUCUUCAGCCUAAUCUCACCAAAGUGUUUGUGUCUGUGUCUAUCCAAAUGCACCCUAUUAGUGAAUAGUUUUGCAUCUAAAGGAUAGAUAUAUCUCACUUGUGUCAAAACCAUGUUUCAAUAAACUAGAUUUACUAGUUGCUGAAGUUAUGUUUUGUAUUGAUUGCACAGCUAACAAGGAAUCUCUUUGGAGUGCAGGGGGAGAAAGAUGAAGACACAGAGAUCGAGUUUGUGUAAGUGGGCUAACAUUUCACAAGACAGAAAUGUCUUUGGAGGUAUGAGAGCAUCCUGUUGUCAUCUUCACCAAGGAAAUAGUAGGGAACAUGAGUCAAAAUCUGAGGUGUGGAUACAUUAACAGAUUUUCUUAAUAUUAUUUAUUGCAAAAGGAUUGAAGAUCAUCCAUGUUAGAGAUCCUCACACACAACUUUAGCAAUACGUGCAUUACAUGCCACACUCACAUUUACUGCCAUUUCUCUAUUUGGCACCCUUGUAUGUUUCUGCUCACUGAACAGAAGACCAUGUAGUGGAAAAAACAACAA